GCUCGGGAUUGGCCAGUUCCGGGGCGCGCGCCCCACGGGAGAGGGUGGGUGGCCCCGCCCCCGCGCCGGCCGGUUGCUGGGGCAAUGGCGGGGCGGGGGGCUGCGCGGCCCUGCAAGGUCCUGUCUUCUGGAAGGCUGACAGGAGCAGCUAAAUUAAAUGGAAGAAAACAGUUUGGUUUAAGGAAAGGAUGCCAUUCUGAUGUGGAAUCUGGAUAUUCUCUCUAUUCCACUGACUCUGACGAUCAGGUUGAUACUAUUCAUAAUGGACUUGACCGUUGUGCAGCUUUACUGAAGAAUAUCUUACAAAAUGAGGCUACAGGAAGGGAGACUAUCCAUAAACAACCUGGGAAGAGAACUUCCGUUAAAAUUACUUCCAAGCCUUUGCUAACCAAAGGAAAUACUUCCAAGAAGAAAGGAUUGAAAAAAAACGUUACUCAUGCCCACAUCCAAAAAGAAACUGUGCCAACAUCAGGUAGAAAACUUGUCUCGUCCGCCACACCUUCUACUGAGAAGGAACUUUCCAGUGCAAUACAGAAUCAGACAGUUCAGCCAAUUCAUGUGCCUUGCAGUCAACACUCUCCGGUGAUGCAUCAGAAACUGUGCAACCAUGUGCAAACUCAGAUGUCUCUGAUAAGUGGCCAGCCACGACAGAACAGUAAUGAAAUUCCUGCUGUAUCGCCUUUUCCUACCUCAAACCAUGGAUGUCAAAAUGUUACAGCUUGUAACUAUCGAUUACCUACUUCCCCAUCAGGUCUGUCCCUGCAGCAUUCAGCUAAUCCCUUACAUACUCAGUCAGAUGUUCCUGUAGACAAGGGCAAUGAAUGUGUGCAAGAGAUGGGAGCACCUGUGGUUUGCCCAGUAGUUUCUUCUGCUUCUACUACUGCUGCGCAAAUACAGUCUGCCACUGCUCUUCCUAGUGUGAUCCCUUGUAUGGCACCGAGUGCGUCAAGUAACGCUACAAUGCGUACGUUCAUCUCGUCUUCUGGCAGAGAGAUGACCUCAAACCAUGAGCAACAUAUAAAGGAAGCAGAUUUGAUAAGAUGCAUACAAGCUCACCUGGCCCUGUUACAAUCCCAUGGAAUGAUGAACGGCAGGACUGAACAGAAGUGCCAUCAUCGUUGUCCAGCAAAACAUAAUGCUUCAAGUAACACGGAGAAGGAUAGUUCUGAAGAACACAGUGAGGACAUGGUCAAUGAAGAAGAUGAAUUGAGUGUACCUGACAUAGCCCCAGUGAGGGAUGCAAGCUGUAAGACAAGUUUUGUGAAGAAAGUUCUGAAAUCUAGAAAAGAAAGUCCAGAAGAAACAGCCCAUAAAGUUAAGACUGUAAAAUAUCUUAUGGGAGAGCUUAGAGCACUGAUAACUGAUCAAGAUGAUUCAGAAAUGUUAAGGUUGAUGAGUGAUAUAGAAGACUGCAUAUCAUUGCUCCCAUCGGUAAUGGGAAGUACAAAUAUACAAGCUGAAAUAGCACUAGCUUUGCAGCCUCUCAGAAGUGAAAAUGCCCAGCUGCGUAGGAGACUAAGAAUAUUAAACCAGCAACUGAGCGAACGAGAAAGAAGUGAGAAGACAUCUGGACAGAGCUGCAACUAUGAAUUAGUUUCUUUGCAAUCCUUGAAUAUGAUGCUCCAGAGUCAAUUGAAAGAAUCACUGAAAGGCCUUGAGUCACUGCAGGCUAAAAAUGAAGAACUACUUAAAAUAAUAGAAAGUCAGAAAGAGGAAAAUAGACAUCUUGCAAAAGAUAUUCAAGAUAAAGAACAAGAAUUGCUUGAAAACAAGCAGCAUUAUGACAUUCAUUCCACCAAGCUCAAGAUUGAAGUGGAAGAGGCAUUAGCAAAUGUGAAGGGCCUUCAGUUUAAACUGGAAGCUUCAGAGAAAGAAAAUAAGAUUUUGGGCAUAACAUUACGUCAGCGUGAUGCAGAAGUUAACAGACUGCGUGAAUUAACCAGAACGUUGCAGAGCAGUAUGGCCAAGCUUCUCUCUGACCUCACAGUCGACAACAUUAGACCCAAACCCGAAAACAGUCUCUCAAAGUCUCUUUUGGAAGACCAUGAAAAGCAGAUGCAACCUGAUCCAUUUCCUGGGAGUACUUCAGUAAUGACUUACCUUAAAAAAUUAGAAAUUGAUCAUAUUUUGACAGAUACAGAACUUCAAUUUUCAAAUAAGAGUGGAGAGUUAGAAAUGCAAAAUGUAGGCUAUGAAAAGUUUGCUGCUGAAGGAAGUAAAAUAAACAGUACGUUCUCAGAAGAAGAAGGAACAUCAGCUCCCAGAAUACUACUAACCUCACUGAAGCAAGAUGCAGAAACAGUUAGUGAUUCUGGGACUUUACUAGAUGACCAGAACAAGUUGGAUGAGACUCUUUAUAUUCCACUGACUAGCAGUGCCUCUAAAAAACAGCAGCCAAUCUCUGAAAGAACUAGCAUGCUACCCCAAAGUAGAGGGGCUUGUAAGAUGUUGGACUACCACUGCGAGUUCUCAAACUGUGUGCAGCAGAAUGCAUGUGAGAUAUCAAAGGAUUCAACUAUUCUGGAUAAAUUAAGUGCUGGGUACUGUGGGAAAAAGACUGUGGAAAACACACUUGAAGUUACAGGGGAUAAAGUGAAGCCAGAAGGAGACAAAGUCCAAGUGAGGCCAAAGGGCACUCCAAGUGCAGCUGCAAAAGACUUCACAGACCAACGUUAUCCUGGUACUUACCCUCGCGUACCUAAGCUAUCUCCAAAAGAGAUUUCUCAGAAAAAAGGCAGUGAAACAGCUGAUUUUAGUUCCAUUUCAUUUGAUGACAUAUCAGGGAAGUCUGAGUGGAGUGCAUCUUCUUUCUCAACAUUUACUUCUCGAGAUGAAGAGGACUUUAAGAAUAGCUUAGCAGCCUUGGAUGCCAACAUAGCCAAGUUACAAAGAACUCUGCAAAAUAGCAUUAUGAAACAAUGAGUGCAAGGAAAAAAAAUGGCGUGCACUUGAUUGGAUUGUUUAGGAUUUUCUGAGUUAUAUUAAUAAGUAUGAUACUGAUACGAAUAUUUGGGGGUUUUGGUAUGGAAUGACUUGUUCCUAGAUGUUUAAAUUAUGGAUGGGGUUUGUUCCUCAUUAAGCCGUGGUGCUGCUUCUCUUAAUGUGUGCAACUUGAAAUAACUGGCAUAAAUGCCUUUUUUUAAAUUGUGACGUAGGUUUAUACCCUUUAAUUGCAACAUUAAUUCUUAGAAUAUAACUUGAUAACUGUUUAAGAAACCAGUGUGCUGUUGGCAAUACAGUUUUUCUAUUAAAUGAUAAAAUACAAUUGUGUGUUUUUUCAAAGUGGUAAGAACAACAGAGAGAUGCAUUUGAAAUCAGUUACAGGUGUGAUAGAGAAAUUUUUAUUUCAUUGUAAUUUGACUGUUAUAAAAUUGGAUGCAUAGUUAUUUUCCUUAGUUAUGACCAUGUGUUUCAAGAAACUAGUUCCUUGUUCAGGUUCACCACGAAGGUGUGCAAACAGUAGCAUCAACAUCAGAGAAACAGGUGAACAUGACUUCUUAUUCAGCUGCAUUGCUGCUUAAUCCAAAUGGGCUUUAAUCAAGAAGUGAAAAUUUAACUGGUGAAAGUGGAGCUGCCUUGAACAUAAAAUGUGUUUCACCUUGACUAGGUAGGUCUCUUCGAGUUGGUUUGUUGUUUUGUUUAAAGAGGAACUUAGGUGCAGAAGGUUAAAUUAAACUUCCUUGAUUACUCAUUCUUUUUUUUCUUCCCCAGAGAACGAUUAAAGGGUACAAUAGGUGGGCAAGAGGUUCCACAGGUAGAGGCCGGGGAGGAACUAGCUGCAGAGCAGCUCUGCAGGAACAUUGAGAGUUACAAUUUCUAAGUCAAGAUCAUGCUGUCCCAAAAAAAUAUGCAGCCAUCAUACGGGAUUUGCAGUGUAUAGCAGAACCUAUAAAAUACAUGAAGUAAUACUUUUUUUGUUCAUCACUGGUAAAACUCAGUUUUCAGUUUUGAGCAUUGUACUUGAAGAAAGAAGUUGCUUAAGUGGAGAGUCCGGAUGAGGGCAAGAAAAGAACCAUCAAAGUUCUGUUCUUUUCUACAAUGCUGUUUUAGUUCAUAGUUUUUACAAAUGUUUGAUUUUUAUCUAAAGUAAAAGAGAAUAUAGUACCAGUGGAUAAACACAGAACAAACUGAUGCUGAGAAACAGAAGCAGUAACAGGCUUCAGCUGAGACAAAGGAGACAAACUGGGCAUUAGUGAAAGCUGGCAAACCAGUACAGUUAGCCAAGCUCUAGAACAUAGUGAGGAAGUUUCUAGAACACAGUGUGAGGAAGUCCUAGAACUUCCCCAGUAGCUGAGGUGUUAAACAUCUCCUGGGCAUAAAUAUGGAGUCUGGGCUGAGCCACCCAGAUUGGCUCUUAAAGGGAUGUGAAUGGACUGGGGAAAGAUCCCAGUACAUAGUUCUUGACAGGGCUUUUCCAGAUCUCAGUGUCAAGAAUACAUAUCAUGCAAGUUUUUAAGUUACAGGUGUGGGAAGGUGGUGCUACUGCUACCAUUCUGUUCCUCUUACACCCUCAGCAGUGCUUGAAGGCUGUUUCUUGUUACUCAUGGUUAUUCGGGAAAGUAUCUUUGAAAAGGGAACAGCAG